ACUCAGCCCUGCUAUAUGCACAUCACACACUCAGCCCUGCUAUCUGCACAUCACACACUCAGCCCUGCUAUCUGCACAUCACACACUCAAAAUUGCUAUGCACAGGUCGCACACACAGACGUCCUGUGUGCAGUAAACCCCUCCCAUCACGUGACUGAUCACAUGACGCCGACCUCUGGAGCUCCGCCCCCGGUUAGCCUGUGUGUUUAUCAAUGAAUGGCAGGGGCCAGGCGGCUUCGCACAACACCAUGAAACAUGACCCGCUGCCAAAAUCUGAAUACUACACCUACCUGAUGCUGUCGCUGGGGAUCCACUUCUAUUCAUUUUAUAAAGUUUACUUGUCUUCCAAAGAUCAGGAAGAGAUUAUUGAGCAAGAAGUCGGUCUGGAAAGAGAUACUUCGAUUUUGGGUUUAAAAAAGGACGUAAGCGAUUUCGAAUGGAGCUUCUGGAUGGAGUGGGGCGCGCUCACACCUUGUUUGGGAUGCCUGGGACACGCUCUACUUUCCCAAUUUGCCCGAAUUUUCUUCAGGAAGUAUCACCCUUGGCUCCUGAUGGUAUAUGGCAUGGUGGCAUGUUGGCUGGUGCUGGGUAUUAAGGGCCUGGCGACCAUAUUCCUGAAUACACUUGUAUUCUACGUCACGGCGCAGAUGAGGACUCCCAUCGUUACCUGGUUGAGCUCAGGGUUUAUGCUUUUGUUACUGCACAAUGAAUCGUUGGAGGAUAUCCAGCGGUCUUGGUACGGCAGUGAGAACGAGUUCUACCUCCUGCAGUUCACGCUCACCGUGCGCUCCCUGUUCUACACAAGUUACUGUCUGGAAUACAGCAGUCUCCAAGCAAGCGACGACACCACCUUCUCCUUACCGUCACUGAUGCUCUAUGUUUUUUAUUACCCGCUCUUUCACAACGGUCCCAUUAUCACCUACGAUGAAUUCGCUAAACAGAUAUAUGCACAGGACACUAGACGGCCGAAUGUUCAUCUUUCCGGGCUGCUGGCAGAUAUAUCUCGCCUUGUUCUGUGGUGGUUGCUGGCAGAGCUGAUGAUUCGCACCAUGUACAUGCAUGCAAUGUACAGCAGCUAUGCCGUUCUGGAGGACGUCUCAUACUGGACCCUUGGUGGUCUCGCCUUGGCGCAGGUUCUGUUUUUUUACGUGAAGUACCUGGUCCUGUACGGCUUCCCAGCGCUUAUUGCACAGUUGGAUGGUGUGACUGCCCCCGCAUUACCGCGCUGCGUCAGCACCAUGUACAGCUUCACCGGUAUUUGGAGGUGUUUCGAUGUCGGACUUCACCGUUUUCUCGUGAGGUACAUUUACAUCCCAAUGGGAGGCUCCCACUCAGGGCUUGGAGGAAUGCUGCUCUCCACUGCAUCUACCUUUAUAUUUGUAAGCUACUGGCAUGGAGGCCAUGAAUAUCUCUGGUACUGGGCAGUACUCAACUGGACUGGAAUCACUGUGGAAUAUGGACUGAAAAAGCUCCUUGCUUUACCAUCUCUUCAAGGCAGAAUUGAUCAAGGUUUGUCACCGAAGACGUAUCGCCGACUUCACGCUGCUCUGGCAUCUGUUUCCACCGCUCUGCUGAUUCUUACCAACCUCGUGUUCCUUGGAGGGGAGCAGGUUGGAAAGAUAUACUGGGAACGACUGUUUGUACAAGGUUGGCCCUGGAUCCCGCUCGUGAUGUUUGGCUGCCUUUACUGCUUCGCCCAGGUGGGGAUUGAAUGGAGUCUGUUUUUGUACCCUAAAUACAAAGGGAAGUUUCCUCUUUGCUCAAGAACCACGCCAGUCAAGUGAGGAUUUCAUAACUCGUGCAAGUCACUGGAUAUUCAAAGAGACGGAGAUGGGCCAAGGGACCAGUAUUGAACUGA